AUGGCCAGUUCUUUCCGGACUUUGCCCAUCAUCGACUUCCAAGCUCUUCAGGACGAAGAACAGCGCUCUGAAGCGCUUCGAGAUCUAAAGCAUGCCCUAUUCAGCGUGGGAUUUUUGUACCUUGCGAACACCGGACUGGAGGGUUUAAUCAAGGAGACGCACGAAGCACUACCGGCCAUCUUCGAAUUGCCCGACCACGUCAAAGAAGAAUGCAACAUGAUCAACUCGCCUUCUUUCCUUGGUUAUACAGCCCUGGGCGCUGAGACGACGGCCAAGCGAACAGACUUACGAGAACAAUUCGAUUUUGGGAGUCCAGUGGAAGCCAUUUGGAAGCCGGGUGAUCCCAUGUGGAAGCGGUUGCAAGGACCAAGCCAGGCACGCCUUCAUGCGCUUCUCAGGAUGAAACUGGUACUGAUGAUGACGCGCCUGGUCAAUCGUUACAUCCAUGAGCUUUCUUUGCUCUCCAAAAAGUUUCUGCAUUGUGUCGCCGAAUGCCUUUCGCUGCCUGAAGCCACAUUCGAGCAGUUUCUGGGUAGGAUGGAUCGUCUGAAAUUCGUCAAGUAUCCUCCGGCAGAACCCGGAUCUCAAGGCGUCGGCCCGCACAAAGACUCUUCUGGCCAAUUUACUUUUCUAUCGCAAGAUACGGUCGGUGGCCUCCAGGUUCUGAACAGGUCAGGGGAAUGGAUUGACGCGCCACCCAUCGAGGGCACUCUUGUUGUCAACAUUGCACAGGGGUUUGAAGCCAUAACUGGCGGGCGGUGUCCGGCAACGAGCCAUCGAGUCAUUUCGCCCACGAAAACCACGCGCUACAGUGUACCGUUCUUCCUUGGAGUCAGGCUAGACCUCACCCUCGACCAAUUGAAAGAAUCUGCGGCAGAUAUUGUGCGGCAGAUACCUGGGUCUGCGGACAGGACAGUCCCUGCCGCCGAGGUCGCCAGCGAGUUUCUCUCUCCGCUUUAUUCCUGUUUUGGGGAGGCACAUUUGAGAAACCGCAUCGUCAGUCAUCCGGAUGUUGGGCAAAGGUGGUAUCCAGAUCUCUAUGAGAAGUAUUCUCAGGUCGUUUAG